UAGGUGUAUACACACCAAACACUAGCGGACGCCAUGAGCGACCUAAAGUUCUGUCCAGAGUGCAAUAACAUCUUGUACGCAAGACCAGACCUCACAAGGCGACAACUAGUAUUCAUAUGCCGACAAUGUGACUACUCAAGAUGGGCUGACCCCGGAAGCCUCCUGGACAACUGUAUCAAUCGCACAACGUACAACUACCAAACAAGAGAGGAUAUCAUCAUACCGCCACUCAUCACCAAAGACCCGACACUGGGACGCACUAGACAAUGGGAUUGUCCAAGAUGCGGACAUACAGAAGCAACAUUCUUCCAACUCCCAGAAAGAGCAUAUGACGAUGCCAUGGUGCUAGUAUUCGUAUGCUGCAACCCCGGAUGCGGAUUCUGGACGAAACAAAUCGACAAUAUGGAUAACGAUAGAGAUGGUAUCGAAAGAGAAAAGGAAACGAUACAACCCAUGGAAUUCGAACCUAUAAUAAACGAAAAGGUCUUCGAAGAAGAAAUGGCAGAACUAUUCGGAGAAGAUUGACCCCA